AUGGCUAGGAAAAAUUCUAAGAGAGUUUCACAGAAAUCCGCAAGUAAACCGAUUGCCAAUAACGAUGAUGAGUAUGGUAUGAAUGAAGUUGAUGAUUUUGCCUCUAAGAGAGAGAAAGUUAUGUUUGAUGAGUCUACUUUAGGUGAUAGAAAUGAGGAAGACUACGAUUCGAAUGACGAUGAGGAAGUUAUGGCAGUGGAUGAUGAUGAAGAUGAGGAAGACGAAGAGGAUGAACAGCAGGAAAUCAACGGUGAAGAGGCCUACAGAAAGGUUUUUGGUAGAAGGCUCAAUGCUGAUACUCAGCAGUUAGAUGAAGGUGAAGGAAUGUUGGAUAAUGAUGCUGCCUGGGGUACUUCCAAGAAUGAAUACUAUGGUGCUGAUGAUUUGGACGACGAGGAGACCGCUAAAGAAAUCGAAGAAGAAGCUUUGCGUCAAAGGAAGAAGCAUUUGGAAGAACUUAAUAUGAACGAUUAUGUGGACGAAGAAUUGGAUAACGAGUGGGUGAAGAGUGCAAAGGAAUUCGAUACAAAAGAAUUUAAAGAAUCCACACAUCAAAAGGAUUCAGCGGUCUCGAUAAAGGAUAUACUCAAUAUGGAUCCUGAAUCUCAAAAGAAACAUUUACAGACGCUAUUCCCAGAGUUUUUGCCUCUUUGUAAAGAAUUUUCCCAAUUAUCCAAUAUUCUAGAAAGUUUAAAGAGUAGAAAACAGUCUGAACCCGUGUAUUUAAAGAUCAUGGCGCUAUCGAGUUAUUUAGGGACUCUCUCAUCAUAUUUCAGCAUUUUAUUGCAUGAAUUGAAUACCAAUGAAGACUUUGCCACUAUGAAAGACCACCCAAUUAUGGAAUCCAUUCUAACAUCGAAGGAACUUUGGAGACAAGCUUCUGAAUUACCUGAUGAGACUAUCCAAGGCUCACAAGAUAUGGAUAAGGAAGAUAAUGAAAUCGUACAGGUAGAAGAUAUUAAUCAAGAAGAACGUUCAGAAAGUGAAUCUGACCAAACAAGUGAGAACGAGGAGGAGCAAGAACAGGAUCAAGAACAAGGAGAAGAAGAGGAGGAUGAAGAAGAGGAGGAAGAGAGUGAUGUUGAUUUGGAUGAUUUUGAAGAAUACGUCAAACAAUCUCGUGUCUCAAAGGCGAAACCAGAGAAACAAUCCAAUACUGAAGAACCCGACGAUUACAUGGAGGAAGGAAUUGCUGACAUAGAUGCACAAGAAAAGAAAGCUCGUAAAAGAACUCUACGGUUUUACACCUCCAAAAUUGAUCAAGAGGAAAAUAAAAAGGUUGAUAAAUUCAAAGGUGAUGAUGACGUUCCAUACAAGGAGAGACUUUAUGAAAGACAACAGAGACUACUUGAAGAAGCCCGUAAGCGUGGUCAACAUGGCUCAAAAGAAACAGAUCUUGAUGCCAGAGACUACGACUCUGGUGAUGAGGCAGUUUCAAAAUCUGUUAAUGAAGAUGGUGAAAAGGAUUACUUCAACGAAGUUCUAACAAAGAAGCAGAUUAAGAAACAGAGCCGACAACAGGCUCAUAAAGGUGCUGUUAAAGCCGCCAAGGAAGGGAAAUUGGCCGAAUUGGCAGAAGAAGUUGGUGAAGAUGGUAAACGUGCUAUCAACUACCAAAUUCUAAAGAACAAGGGUUUGACACCACACAGAAAGAAGGAAAACAGAAACGCUCGUGUGAAAAAGAGAAAGAGAUUCGACAAGGCUCAAAAGAAACUCAAAUCUGUGCGCGCCGUCUACUCUGGUGGGUUGUCUGGUCCAUAUGAAGGUGAAAAGACUGGUAUUAAGAAGAAUUUGACCAAAUCUGUUAAGUUUAGCAAUUAA